AUGGACAAAGAUUGCGACAUGGUAUAUAAGAAUGUUUCUGACAUAUAUAAAUCGGUUGAGUUUAAAACAUACGACAACUUUGUUUCAUUAGUUGCAAAAUGUGUUUGGGAAAUAAGAGAUAAAGAUAGUAGGGGUAAGGUAUGGAACGAACAAAUAAGACCCGCUAUGUUUGAGAUGAAGAGAGCAAUUGACGCCUUAGUCAUACUAGCAGGUAAGGUUUCAGAAUAUAACGCAAAAAUGAACCCGCAAUGUUCAAAAUGUAAAGCAGCAAUGAGGAAAUAUAACUACUCCGUCAAAGAGAUAGAACGUAUGCGAAACGACUAUGCAGAUUUAAAGAAAGAAGCAGAAAAACCAGCAGAAGAUAAAAUGAACAUGUUAGAAUUUCUGAACAAAAACUAUCCAACAGCAGAAGAUUUCCUUUUAUCUGACGUCAAGAAGAAAUAUAAAGAAACCUUCGGUAUCGUUAAAACUUUCGACAUACUAAAAGAAGAAAUAGAAGCUACGAAAUUGUUUAGAGUCAUGAACCAUCGCAACAUAUACCAUGUAAAACGCUUGUAA